AUGGCAGAUCUAUCAGAAUUUGUGAGGAUCCUUGGGUGUCCAGUAACCCUACUUUCUUACCAUCCUGUCACUUACCUUUUUAUUCAAGGAGGGAAGGAAUGGGAUAGGGAACUGGUACUCCAAACCUUCUAUCCACUUAAUGCCAUACAUAUCCUUAAUACCCCAGUAAGUCAGGCUGGUUUGCAGGACAAGUUCAUAUGGAGAGAGACUAAGGAUGGAAAAUGCACAGUUCAAUCAGUAGGACAACAAUCCUUUGCGAUCAGUGUCUGGCUCUCUUCAAAUGGUAAACUUGGUAUGGGUUGUAGAUCUUGGCAGGAGGGAGGGAUUUUUCAAUAUUGGACAGAUGCUUUCAUGUUCAGUGGUGAUCUAUCAACAGCUACGUUAUGGACCAUUAGAUGGGGACUGUUGAAGAUCCUAUCACUUGGAUGGCCUCAUGUUCACUGCAUGGUUCCUGAUGAAGCUCUGGUUUCAUUGCUAACAGUGUAUUCAGGGGAAAAGCUCUCAGGAUCUAUUGUACUUGAGGAUAUCCAGCACUUAAUGUCCAAUUUUGAUUCCAAUUCUUUCUCCUAUGAGAAGCAAAAGGUGGAUGAAGUUUGUAUUUUGGCCAAAAAGGCCUUGCUGGAACUUUAG